AUGGCGAUCUCACUCACCUCGCUGCUCCUCUCCCUACCCCAGCAAUGGCAGCCCGUACUCCUAGCACUUGUCACUGUCCUUCCCCUACUACUGAUGACCAGGAGAAAAGGGCUGAAGCUGCCACCAGGCCCCGCCACGGUGCCCCUCCUGGGCAACUUGCACCAGCUUGGCCCGCUGCCGCACCGGACCCUGCGAGACAUGGCGCGGGUCCACGGGCCGGUGAUGCAGCUGCAGCUCGGCAAGGCGCCGACGGUGGUGCUGUCGUCGGCACAGGCGGCCUGGGAGGCGCUCAAGACUCACGACCUCGACUGCUGCACGCGGCCUGUGUCCGCGGGGACGAGGCGGCUGACCUAUGACCUCAAGAAUGUGGCCUUCGCGCCCUACGGCGCCUACUGGCGCGAGGUGCGCAAGCUUCUCACCGUCGAGCUCCUCAGCGCGCAACGCGUUAAGGCGGCAUGGUACGCACGCCAUGAGCAGGUGGGGAAACUCAUAAGCACCCUCAGCCGUUCGGAAGGAAAACCGGUGGCUCUAGAUGAGCACAUCUUAAGCCUCUCCGACGGUAUCAUCGGCACAGUGGCGUUUGGCAAUAUUUACGGCGGCGAUAAGUUCUCCCAAAAUAACAAUUUUCAGGAUGCGCUCGACGAUGUUAUGGAGAUGCUAUCUAGCUCUGGCUCCUCCGCUGAAGACUUGUUCCCAGUAGUUGUCGGCCGCCUCGUCGAUCGCCUUACCGGCUUCAUCGCCCGGCGCGAGCGGAUCUUCUUGCAGCUCGAUGCCUUCUUCGAGAUGGUCAUCGAGCAACACCUGGACCCUAACCGUGUGCUGCCUGAGAAUGGCGGCGACCUCAUUGAUGUCCUCAUCGACCUUUGGAAGAAUCCGCGUGGCACAUUCAUCUUCACCAAGGACCACGUCAAGGCCAUAAUCUUUUCGACUUUCGUUGCUGGCAUUGACACAAAUGCUGCGACCAUUGUAUGGGCAAUGUCAGAGCUAGUGCGGAAGCCACGCGUGCUCAAGAAGGUGCAGGACAGUAUCCGUGACGUGGUAGGAGACAACAAAAGUGUGCAAUCGGACGACAUUUCAAAACUCAGCUACCUCAGGAUGGUCGUGAAGGAGACCCUACGGCUGCACCCACCGGGACCAUUGCUAUUGCCGAGGGAGACCAUGCGACACAUACAAAUUGGUGGGUAUGACGUGCCGGCCAAGACAAAGAUCUACGUGAAUGCAUGGGCAAUCGGCAGAGACCCGGUAAGUUGGCCCGACGACCCAGAGGAGUUCAACCCUGAUAGGUUUGAAACGAAUGAGAUAGACUUCAAGGGCGAGCAUCCUGAGCUGAUGCCAUUCGGCACAGGGCGCCGGAUAUGCCCAGGCAUGUCCAUGGCUGUGGCCACCAUCGAGUUUACACUCGCCAAUCUGCUCUUCAGCUUCCGGUGGACGCUUCCGGAGGGGACCACGGUGGACGAUGUGAACAUGGAUGAAGAAGGGAGGCUCAUCUUCCACCGCAAGACGCCGCUAGUGCUCGUUCCCAAACCAUACCACCACGGUCUUGAAUAA